GUGUGUGGCAGGCGUAGUUUCGGGCAAGUCUAAGAAAGGUGGAGACUUUCGGGAUAACUUCCUGUACAGUAAUCUUGAUAUCAUUAGCUACAAAGAUAGGUUUGGUUGGCUAUUCAAGCAAAGACGAAUGGCUUAAGUAACGGUGUGCUAAACCUGAUUAUCGGUAUUGAAUUAAAUACACAUACAGUAGCUAGCAUUCAAGCUGCUAUAUAACUUAAGCAACCGGAUAGCAGAUUCCAAACAUCUCAUAUAGCGAGACGGUCCUGGCCACAUUGAAGGACAGUAUGGUAGAGGUUGUGGUGGAGUAUGAGUACGAAGCCCUCCAUGAAGAUGAGCUGACCCUGAGGCUGGGAGAAGUGAUCAGGAACGUCCGCAGGAUCGAGGAGGAGGGAUGGAUGGAGGGAGACCUCAACGGGAAGAGAGGACUCUUCCCUGACAACUUCGUCAAGGAGAUGAAGAAGGAGCCCAAGGAGGUGAAUGUGACAAAAGAGGAGGCCAAGGAGGAGGCGCAGCCCCAGCGGAGAGAGAAGAGUGCAGGGAAUGUGGCCAACCUGGUCCAGCGGAUGAGCACCUACGGCAUCCCAGCUGGGGGCUUCCAGCCACACUCACAGCCCCGCGGUCUCAAGAAGAAACCUAAGAAGCGUCAGUGCAGGGCUCUGUUUGAAUACGUGCCCCAGAAUGAGGAUGAGCUGGAGCUGAAGAUAGGGGAUAUCAUCGACAUCAAUGAGGAGGUGGAGGAAGGCUGGUGGAGUGGAACCAUGAAUGGCAAAUCAGGACUGUUUCCCUCCAACUUCGUCAAAGAGAUGGAGACGAACGCAGACGGACAGACAAAUGACUUAACAGAUGAAGCCGACGCCAGCGGUAAAGAGGCUCUGCUCCCCCCCUCCCCCACCCACCCCUCUCCAGGCAAUGGAGUGAUCACCCAGCCCAAGAAGAUCCGGGGGGUGGGCUUUGGGGACAUCUUCAGGGAAGGCUCGGUCAAGCUAAAGGCCCGCCUACCCAGCACAGAGGGAGAGGAGAAGAAAGACAAACCAAUCCCAUUAUUACCAUCUGCCGCAAAGCCCGCCCAUUCCAACGUGACAGACUCACAGAAAGCAGAGGGGGACAGCAAAGCAAAAGUAAAAGAAUACUGCAAGGCCACAUUUGCGUUUGAAGCCACAAACCAAGAUGAGCUGACACUGAAAGAGGGUGACGUCAUACAGAUUUUGAGUAAGGACACAGGGGAGCCGGGGUGGUGGAGAGGGGAGAUCGGAGGGAAAGAGGGAGUUUUUCCUGACAACUUUGUGGCUGUGAUGUCAGACGCAGACAAAGAGCCGGCUCCCACAUCAAGAGGAUCAGUCAAACUGUCUCCCAAGCAGGAAGCAGAAGAGAGACCCAAGAAGCCACCCCCACCAUCAAAAAGCAUAGCUCGCAAACCCGAGGUCCCGUUGGCUGACAAGAAGCCCCUGCAUCCGCAUCCUGAGGACCGAGGUGACAAGACAGAUCAAAAACUGUCAAAGCCUACUGCCCCUCUGGUCCCACCCAAGAAACCUGUCCCCCCGCCAGGCAAGAGUAAACCAGGCGUCCUCCCCCCAAAACGUCCAGACAAGCCUCUUGCACCCUCCCUAGGGGCCAAGCACAAUGGAGAGGUGCCUUCCACACUUCCAAAGUCUGAUUUUGAGCCAACGUUACCCAGCAAACCAAAAACACUGUUGGGUGACUGGGGGGACAAAGCCCUUGACAUGGACCUGAUGAGCUUUGAUGAUCUGUCAUCUACCUCUGAGAAGCUGUCUCACCCCACCGCUAACAGACCAAAGAUGGCUGGCAAGAGGCUUCCCGCUCAGUUUGGAGGAAGCCACUCUCCAAACAAGGACAUCAGCGUGGAGAAAACCUUCAUGUUUGACGAAGAGGACCGCCCCAAGCCAAAGUUGAUGGACGCAAGAAAGCCAUCCAUGCCCAGCUCACACUCCCAGUCUCCCGUCCUCAAGCCCAGCCCAUCCCCGUCAGAGGGGCUCAAGGCCAGUGCGGCUUCAGCCCCUGGCCGCAGAAGUCCCAGCCCAGGCCCCUGCGCGGAGACCAAGCCCAAGGCAGAGCCAGAGGAGCGGAAGUCUGAGCUGCAGGACCUCAGAGGCCAAAUGAAAGACCUGUUGCUGUCUGUGGAGCUCCUCAAGACCCAGCAAAUGAGAGAGAUGGCAGAGUUGAGAAGCGAGCUGGACGAGGAGAGGUUGAAACGAGUGGCCCUGCAGAUGGAGAUAGAGAAAUUAAAGAAGAUGGUUCAGUCGACGUGAAGUCUGACCCAAUCAACCUGGAACAUCAGUCACCUGUCGGUCUGUCUCUAAGUAGAAACAGGAAGGGGACGAUGGCAUUCCUAUAAUACUUUUAGUUAUCAUCAACCUAUUCCACAUUUGUAAGAUUUACAUUUUUGCACAUAUUAAGGUUUUCUAGUUCUAGAAAGGUGAUAAAUACAGAUGUAUAUGUUUUUUGUUACUUAGUUUUUUUUCUGUUUUUUUUGCCAACACAAACGAUCGAGGCCUUACUAACUACUGUGCUGGACUGUCUCUGCAUUCUCUAUGGGAAUGUGUGAGGGUUGCUCUCAAUACUACUGAUUCUGUACAAAGCGUUAGGGGAUUCCUUUUUGUUUUAUUUUUUUUAUGACUUGCAGGUAGUUGAUUUUAAAGAUGAUUCUGAUUUUCAGUUAAAGUAUCCAUAUUAGCCUCCUUUAGAUCAUAAUGAAUUAUAUUGUGGUCUGUUGCUAUAGCAACAGUGUUGUACUCCAUUGUUAUGGCAUAAGGGAUCAUUUUCUUUGGGGUUUUUCUUCUUCUAACAUUCCUAUCCAGGGUAACACUGUUGUGCCUGUUAAACACAUAUUAAAGUGUUAAUAUUGGGAGAUUACAUUUAUCAAACUGUUUAGACUUGCUGAUGAUAUAUAUUUGUAAGUUCGGACAAUGUGCUUAGACAUAUAGAGGGUCCUUUUUUCUUUUUCAUGUUCUUCUUCUUGUAAAGGUCACGUGGAACGGUUCUCUCAGAAAGAGAGUGACAGGUGUGUUAUAUCGAUCAUGUAUUUGGUACCAUCAAAUACAGCCAAUUAUAGCGCUACUUGAAAAGAGCACCAGUGGUUUAUAAGAUUAACCUCCAUUUUAUUUCACGCCAUGGUCGAAGUUGUGGCUUACUCAUUGAUUGUUGUUAUCUUGCACCAACUCCUGUACGCCAAAUUGCUCUGACCCCUCUUUUAUGAAGCAUAUGCAGCUCUGUCUAAAUCUCUCUCUGUAAACAAAAUCACGUGUGCUUUGAAGAGUGAGCAAUCUCUUUCUAACCUCCCAGAUGAGACCUGAAGUCCUGUAUAGCAGUGGCCUUUGUGUGUUUCCAUGUUGUCCUGAAUGUGUCUGGUUCACAUGUCUUUAUACUUGGACCAAGUAGAAACGUGGAGCAUGGAGGCCAACUGAGCACAUAGUCCAGUACACAGUAUCUCUGCCAUUUCUCAUUACUGUAAGUGAGAGGCUGAAUGGAAAUGCAUUGGGGAAGAGAUCUACUUGAUACAGAAGGGUUAAGCUCUGCACUGUACCGAUGCACAGCCAGCACCACUUUGUCAAUGAAAAGUACGUGAUUGAACUCAACGAAGGACAAAAUGUUUUUUGAUGGGAUGCGUUCAGUGUACCGGACAGACAAAUCAUGAAAGAAAUUGCCUUUGAUGAAAAGCAUCUUUGAGGUUGUCGCUAGAUUAUGCAGCAUUUUGUUGAUUCCCAAUGUGUUACUUUACCCAUCAUGACCAGAAGGAUGUUUGCCUCGACUCCAGAUCAUCCUGAACACUGUGGAUGGCCUUCUUUCUCUGCAUCCUUCUUCAUAUUCUAUUUUAGCAAGCUAAUUAUUUACAUUUUUAUAUAUAUAUAUAUAUGUGUAUGUGUGUGUGUGUGUGUGUACCAGUCAAAAGUUUGGACCCCCCCCCCCCCCCCCGAGUCAUUCAAGGGCUUUUCUUUAUUUUUUUAUUUUCUACAUUGUAGAAUAAUAGUGACUACAUCAAAACUAUGAAAUAACACAUGGAAUCAUGUAGUAACCAAAAAAGUGUUAAACAAAUCUAAAUAUAUUUGAGAUUCUUCAAAGUAGCCACCCUUUGCCUUGAUGACAGCUUUGCGCACUCUUGCCAUUCUCUCAACCAGCUUCACCUGGUGUUGGCUGCUUUUCCUUCACUCUGCAGUCCAACUCAUCCCAAUCAAUCUCAAUUGGGUUGAGGUUGGGGGAUUGUGGAGGCCAGGUCAUCUGAUGCAGCACUGGGGCAUUGUCCUGUUGAAAAACAAAUGAUAUGCCCCUAAGCUCAAACCAAAUGAGAUGGCGUAUCACUGCAGAAUGCUGUGGUAGCCAUUCUGGUUAAGUGUGCCUUGAAUUCUAAAUAAAUCAGACUGUGUCACCAAGCACCAUCACACCACCACCUCCAUGCUUCACGGUAGGAACCACACAUGCAGAGAUUAUCUGUUCACCUACUCUGCGUCUCACAAAGACACGGCGGUUGGAACCAAAAAUCUCAAAUUUGGACUCAUCAGACUAAAGGACAGAUUUCUACCGGUCUAAUGUCCAUUGCUCGUGUUUCUUGGCCCAAGCAAGUCUCUUCUUGUUAUUGGUGUCCUUAUUGGUGUCCUUUAGUAGUGGUUUCUUUGCAGCAAUUCGAACAUGGAUGCCUGAUUCACUCGGUCUCCUCUGCACAGUUGAUGUUGAAAUGUGUCUGUUCUUGAACUCUGUGAUGCAUUUAUUUGGGCUGCAAUUUCUGAGGCUUGUAACUCUCAUGAACCCAUCCUCUGCAGCAGAGGUAACUCUGGAUCUUCCUUUCCUGUGGUGGUCCUCAUGAGAGCCAGUUUCAUCAUAGCGCUUGAUGGUUUUUGAGACUGCACAUUUUUCAAAGUUCUUGAAAUGUUCACUUCCGUUUCUCUUUCCUUAUUUGAGCUGUUCUUGCCAUAAUAUGGACUUGGUCUUUUACCAAAUAGGGCUAUCUUCGGUUUACCACCCCUAACUUGUCACCACACAACUGAUUGGCUCAAAUGCAUUAAGAAGGAAAUAAAUUCCACAAAUUAACUUUUCACAGGGCAUGCCUGUUAAUUGAAAUGCAUUCCAGGUGACUACCUCAUGAAGCUGGUUGAGAGAAUGCCAAGAGUGUGCAAAGCUGUCAAGGCAAAGGGUGGCUACUUUGAAGAAUCUCAAAUAUAAAAUAUAUUUGGAGUUUUAACACUUUAUUUUGGUUAGUACAUGAUUCCAUAUGUUAUUUUAUCAUUUUGAUGUCUUCACUAUUAUUCUACAAUGUUGAAAAUGGUCAAAGUAACGAAAAACCAUUCAAUGGGUAGGUGGUGUCCAAACCUUUUGAUUGGUACUAUAUAUAUAUAUAUAUAUAUCUCACACACACACACACACACUGAUCUCACAAAAUGGGAAACUAUUCCUUCUUCACAUGAGUACACCAAGUCGUGUACUAUCCUCAGGCUUAGAAUCUUUUUCCUUAAAAGAAAGCAUUCCUGAUCAGGGACUGUGCUUGCACGUGUUUGUGUGGAUGCAUGAAAGGAAACCUGAAAGCCUGUGUAUGUAUCUGUGAUUUUGGGUUUGUCUUAAGUGUGUUUUGGCCUUGUUGACUGGUCCGGGUAAAAUAAAGGGCAAGAUUACACAUUGAUCCCUAAAGCAAUAAUAUCUUUCUCUUUUCCAUCUAUCAAUGUUUCUCAUGGCUACAUUCUAAGUUGAGCUUGAGCAAAGAGUUAAUCAUGCAAAUAUAUAUAUAUAUAUAUGAAAAAGCUAUCCAUAUAACUGUCAUUCAGCUUAUUACUGUACACUCAAUUAUUUGAUGCAAAGAAAAUAGGAAAUAUGUGCACAUUUAACAUCUGUUCCAAGUUAUCUUGUUUACAUGUGCUGUAAAAUUGCAUGAACUGAGAUUCUUCCAAAAUGAAUAAAUGUAAUCUUUAUUUACA